AUGUCCAACCCAGCCACUACUGAUAGAAUCUGUGCAGAUGCCACCGACAUGGUGGGCCAUACACCUUUGGUCUACUUGAACAAGGUGACGAAAGGAAUUAAUGCCAAAAUUGGUAAGAACUUUACAUUGUAUUAUAUCUUUACAAACUGAUCUUGUAUACUUUUAUAUGUUUGCGUGCACUGCUAUAAACUUUUAGUAUAUACUUUGUAUUCUUAACAAUUUUUUAAUUCAGCUGUGAAAUGCGAAUACAUGAACCCAGCCUGCUCGGUCAAGGAUCGUGCUGGUGUGCAAAUGAUUGAAGUCGCUGAGAAGGCUGGCCUCAUCAAACCCGGAGACGUCCUGAUUGAACCAACUUCUGGAAACAUGGGAAUUGCUCUGGCCUUUGCCGCGGCCGUAAAGGGAUACAAACUCAUAUUAACCAUGCCUUCUUCAAUGAGUUUGGAGAGAGUAAGUUUAAGUACUUUUAUUACAGUGGCCUACUCUACUACUUUUUCUUUGUGAUCAAUGAAAUAUUGCUUGAAACUUUACCAAAAUAUUUUUCAGAGAACCUUGUUGAAGGCUUUCGGAGCCGAAGUCAUCCUAACAGACCCAUCCAAGCAAGUACUUGGAGCUAUGGAGAGAGCCAAGGAGCUACAAAAGCUGAUUCCCAACUCAUACGUUCUGGAUCAGGUAAGCCACCUGAACAUCUACAAUAACACAAUAUGUUUAGUUUUCCAACCCAGCCAAUACCGAAGUCCACUACCUGACUACCGGCCCCGAAAUAUGGCAGCAAUCGAAAGGAGAAGUGGCAGCCGUCUGCUUCGGAAUCGGAUCAGGUGGUACGAUGAGCGGAGUCGGCCGCUACUUGAGAGAACAGAAUCCUGAAGUCAAAGUAUACGCUGUAGAACCAUUCGAGGCUUCAGUCAUCAACGGCUUCGAACACAAGCCCCAUACAAUCCCUGGAAUGGGAGCCGGCUUUGUUCCCGACCUCUUGGACAAGAUAUACACCGAAGCUCUUCGUGUUCCGUCACCUGAAGCCGUGACAAUGGCCAAGAGAAUGGCCAAAGAGGAGGGAAUUCUGUGUGGCAUCAGCGGUGGAGCCAACGUUUGUGCUGCUAUACAGGUAUGUGUUGAUGUAUAAAUCUGUUAUUUAUUUGAUUUUAGUUAGCCAAACGCCCAGAAUUCGCUGGAAAACUGAUUGUGACAAGUUUGGCAUCUUUUGGUGAACGGUACUUGAGUACCAUCCUGUACAAAGACAUCAAGCAAGAGUGCGAACAGUUGACGGAAACUACUUUGGACCAAGAUCGAAAGUAUCUGAACGAGAAAUGGGGUUUGCAAAUCUAA